AUGCCCGUGUUGGCGCCCCCGGCCGAGCUCAGCCAGGACAGUCGCGUGGGGGCCCCAGCAUGGCGAGAGGCGGCACAGGCCGCGACGCGCCGAGCGCAUAACCUGACCGACCGCUGCGGGCAGGAGGUGGUGACCAUGUGGCAACCGAAGGACAGCGUGCGCGACCCUCACGUGGCGCGCCACUUGUGCCGCGCCGCUUACAUCCUGCCCUGGCGCUUUCGAGUGGAGAUGCUCAAAGGCGGCAGCACCGUGGAGAAGCCGCCCCCUGGCGACGGCGUCACCCUGUGGAAGGGCAAGAUGAAGCCGCCCGCUUGGCACGCGCGCCUGCCGCUGCCCCUGCACCGCGACGCGCGCGCCCUGCAGACGGCCGAGGUGGUGCACGCACACGCGCGCGGGGCGCGCCUCACCGCCGCCCGCCUGGGCCGCGCACAGCACCAGAUCAACGCGCGCCUGCGACAGGUGCAGCGCCAGCGCGACGCCACCGACCGCAGGCUCAGCCAGGUGCGCAAGGGCCUGCUCGUCAACCAACAGAGCGUCAAGCUGAGAGGCUACCGGCCCAAGUCGGAGAAGGUCCCCGACAAAGCUGACAGUGUACUUACCUGGGAGAGAGAGGAACUGUGGGGCAUGAAGCGGAGGCUGGAGAAAGACAUGGAACAGUCGGAGGCCUUGCUCAAGGCUCUGGCCUCCUGUAGAGACACCCUGGGCUUCUGCUCCAAGGAGAGACUACAAGCCGUGGACCUCAUGAACCAGCCGCUGGACAAGGUCCUGGAACAGGCUGGCCGUCACUCCUGGGUGAACCUGUCGCGGCCCCCGACCCCCCGCACCCAGGGCCAGAAAACGCCACCUGCAGACCCUGUGGGUACCUAUACCCCAGAGUGCGCCGCAGCUCUGUACGAAGCCAAGAGGCUGUUAAUCGAGUCGAAGGACACCCUAGUGGAAAUGGCCAAGAACGACGCGGAAGUGGGUGAGCGCCAGCACCAGAUGAGCGACCGCGUGUGCGCCUCGCUGGCGCAGAAGAUGCGUGAGACCUCAGAGCUGAAGGAAAGGAUGAACAUGACAUUAGGGCUCAUGCGAGGGACCAUCCACCGGUGCACAAAAUUCAGCAAAGAGAUGCAUGUCACCGGAGGCCUCAUCAAGGGUCCUCUGUCCAAACUUCACCUGGAGACGCGAGAGAAGCUGGAUCGACCCCUGGUCCGGGUGUACCAGAGACACGUGGGCACACAACUGCCCGAGGCCACACGCCUCGCCCAGGGCACAGACAAGCUGCAGCGUCACAUCUCCAACGUGGCAAAGAACCUGGACAAGCUUCUUGCCACGCGCCAACACUUAGCCCAGAACCUCAACUACAAGAAGGUCGGGCAGGACGUGGACGCCAACGUGGUGCGCCUGCGCCUGCGCCAGAAGCACUCGCACAUUUUCUACGAGCAAGCGCAGCGCCUGGUGAAUGACUGGGACCCCCGCACGCCGCCGGGCCACGAUGCUGCCUGCGUGGUCCCCAAGUGA